CCCUCUGUCGGAGCGAAUUGAGUGAAAACAUGACCAAAGUGUAGAAAUAAUUGAUUUCUUGAUUCGAAUUGCAGUAAGCAAAACAGUGAUGUAAAUUAUUGUGAUUUGUUAAUUAUUUAAAAAAAAGGAAAAAAAAUUGUUUUCAACUGUUGUUGUCAUUGUGCAUUGCGACGUUUUAAACGUCCCAUCUCAUCCUCGGGACUUUUUGGUGUCGAUUCUAUUUUUGUACGCUGCUUCGCUCAAAAUUUUACGAUAACUCCCCAGUGAAAAAAAAUGACUGAUAAUUCAGGUCAGAAUGAAAAAGAUUUCUAUUGAAUCGUCAACAUUCUAAGUCAAGAAUCACACAAUUUUGACAUGUCAUGUAUCAUCAUCAAACGUCAAACGCAAGAUCAACAUGCCUUCUCCAGGGCAAGUUUUCCAGUGCCUCAGGAUGCUUCUUCCUUGACUUUAAAAACCAUCUCCGUCGAGGGAUCACAAGACUCCUUGAAACAUCAUUAUCAUCAACAUUCUCAAGAAUCAUCAAUUUCUCAUCGACAACAACCUGAAGAUUGUGAGAGAUUUUUGAAAAAAAUCAAGAAUCUCCUUCUUCUUUUACAAAAUUUGAACAAGAAAUUUAAUAAACUGAAUAAAAUGAAUGAAAUGGAAAGUAUCACGACAUUAAAUCACUCAAUUCCAUCGUCUAUAAAAAUGAUAAAAAUUGAAGGCAGUUCACGUGUUUCAGAUAUGGAUUUACAUAUAAUUAAUGUAGGCACAGGUGCGCCAAUUAUAAAUGAUAAUUAUUGCGAUAUUUGUUUUCGACAAAAAACGGACAAUAUUCAUGGGGAAUUUAAUAAUACUAAUUUAAAUAAAUCAUUAAAAAACAAUGAGAAAAAUUUGUGUGAAACUUGUGCAACUGUUAUUAUUAGUGAUAAAUGGAAGAGUUCUCGUAAUAUUCCAAAAAGUUUUUUAUCCAGCGUAUAUUGCGCUGUUAAUUUAAUAGCCAAUUUUUUAGCGGUUAUAACGAUAAAUAAUAAAAAAUCAGAGAAGCUCAAAAGAAACAUUGAAAAUACCUCAACAUUAGGGAGACUAUCAAUGCUUUUCACUGUGAUGUUUAUCUUUCACAUUUUACCAUUGACUUCUGCUGACAAACCACUUGGAAAUCCUUAUGAGAUUUUAGGUGUCAAGAGGCAUGCCGCUUUACAGGAUAUAAGAAAGGCUUAUAAAAAUCUUGUUAAAGAAUGGCAUCCUGAUAAGACUGAUCAUCCGGAAGCUGAAACGAAAUUCGUCGAAAUUACGAAAGCUUACGAGCUUCUCUCUGAUCCUGAAAGAAGAAGAAAGUUCGAUAUUCACGGAAUAACGGAGGAAAGUGUGCCCAGAUAUAGAAGAGAUAGUCAUCAAAAUAUGCCAGAUCCUUUGGAGGAUUUAUUUUCGGGAAAUUUCAAAUUUCACUAUCAAAGCAGGGACAUCACGUUAUUUCACAAAAUGAGCAUCACAUAUCGAGCAUUUGAAAAAAAUGUAAUACCAAAAAGUUAUCGAACUCCGCAUUUACUACUCUUCUAUUCGGAUUGGUGUUUCGCGUGCUUACAAGUGGAACCAACUUGGCGACGACUAAUUGAUGAAUUAGAACCACUUGGUGUUGGUUUAUUUACCGUUCACGCCGAAAGAGAAACAGCUCUCGCCAGAAAAAUUGGCGUUCAUUCCUUGCCAUGUCUUGCCGUCACUGUCGAAGGAAGGACCAGCAUUUACAAAGAAUCUUUAUACAGUGUACAGAAAAUUGUCGAAUUCUUGAGGAAAAUAUUCCCGUAUAAAUUAAUAGCCGCUGUAAAUAAAGAGAAUUUAGAUGAAUUUCUUUCGGGAUGGAUGGACAAUCGAAUUCGUGGUUUGAUAUUUGAGAGACGUGAUGUGGCUCGUUUGCGUUACCUCUUGGUGGCCUACCAUCACAGGGAUCGAGUUGCCUUUGGUUUUGUUCAAGUGGGAAAGCAGGAGACGCAAAAUAUCACUGGGAAAUAUAAAAUAACUGGCGAUUUGGAUACACUAUUGUUGUUCAAUGAGAAUAUUGAAAAGCCAAUGGCAUCGAUUAGCAUGAAGGACAUACCGAGCGAUACAAUGCACAAUGUUAUUGCGAGUAAUAAAUUUCUCACACUACCGAGACUCUCGAAUCAAGCAAUGUUGGAUUCCGUCUGUCCACCCGAAUGGCUACGACCACAAAAACGUCUUUGCGCCGUUUUAAUUUCACAAAAUAGUCCCGUUCAUGAUUUUGCGAGACUUAAAUUCCGACAGGCUGCUCAUGAGUCGCCCUAUAGCACGGAACGAGUUAGGUACACCUAUGUUUUUAAAGAAGCGCAAUCGGAAUUUGUCUCGGCGCUUUUAAAUGGCGAAGGAAGUCCCAUGGAUCCUCUGUUACAUAUUGUAAUUAUUUGGAGGCGAGACGCGAAUAAUUUGAAAUACGAGUGGCUACCGAAUGGAUGGAUCGAUGGAAACCAAAAUGAGGAUCGUUGGAAUGAAUCGCGACAAAAUUUGGAAAAAGCAAUUCAGAGAUUAUUGCGAACAACGGAGGCUCUACCAUAUGCUGCGGAAGUUGGCGAAUUAGCCGACGAACAUGCAUUGGGCACCGUGGAUAGAUUAAUAGGCCGAGCACUGUUGGCAGUAGAUUUUAUAUCCGAAAGUUUUAAGAAGGAGGAAAUUUUGCCUGUUAUCUCGGUUCUUUUUACAAUUGUAUUAAUUGGCGCAGUCGGUUAUGGAAUGUCCUAUCUAAUUAAAUUGGAGGAGGCGAGUGUUGAGGCGAAUCGGAAUCAUUAUAAGGGAAAUACAAAAGUACUGUCGUCACAGCCACAAUUGAGAUUACACGAAUUGAGAGCUGAAAAGUAUAAUGGUCUCGUGAGACUCUUGAAACCGGGAUGUCGAACUGUCAUUUUACUGGUCGACACACAAAGUAGAUUAAAAUUACUACCUGCUUUUCAUAAAGCGGUAUGGCCUUAUAGGAAAAAUAAAACAUUGAUGUUUGGUCAUUUGAAUCUUGAGCGUGGACUCGAGUGGUAUAAAGAUUUAUUAUUGUUGAGUCUUCCGGAGCCGAGAGACCUGAAAAUUAAUCCGAAAAAUUGUAUAGGGACCGUAUUGUCACUGAAUGGACACCGACGAUACUUUUGUAUGUACCACGCAAAGCAUCCUGAGAGCAGUAAAGGCAAAGGAUCCAAGCGAAUGGAGAGAAUGGCGAAACGAUUGACGCAGAGAACCGACGAUGCAGAGGCCGGAGCAUUUAUUGGAUUCGACAGUUCCAAUGAUUCCGAUUUAUCGCAAGACGAUUCGGAAAAUAGUUUUCUGUAUCAAGAGAAGCUAUUGGACGGACUGCCAAAUUGGCUUGACAGAUUAUUCGAGGGUUCGACACACCGCUACUACAUAAAUUAUUGGCCAGACUUCACUGCCAAGUAAAUGAAGAGGCUCGCGGCCAAUAUUUUAAUGCCUUUUUAAAACGGAAAAUAAUCAAUUUUAAUUCUAGUCAGCGAGUUUAUUACGUGCUAGGAUAAUUUGUGGGAAGAAAAGACGGAUUGAGCCUCGCAUAAAGACACACGGUAAUACAGUGAUCAAAUUUGUCAUAACAUGUUAUUUAGUGUUCAUAAAUGUAAUUAAAGUCUCCCGUUUCUUCAUGUUUGGCUGAUUUUCACUAUUUGUCGAGCCGACGUACCAAAGAAUGCAAUCAUCGCUAAAUGAUCAAAGAAAACAUGAAAAAUCGUUUCCAAUUCUUUACAUUUUGAACGUCGAUAAUAUACCUAUUAUAUAUUAUUAUAGUGAAAAAGAAAACUUCCCCCUACUGUGUUCUUCUUGCUAUGAAAGAAAGAGAAAAUAUUCAGUGCUGCUAGUCAUUAUAUUAAUUAUUAUCCUUCUCUGAAUAAAGAUAUACACAUGAUAUUAACUUACAAAAUAUUUGUAAAUAUUUCAAUAGCUACAAUAAGUCAGUUUUAAAAAGAGAAAUGAGAAAGUUUUAUACUAAACUGAAAUUACUGUUAAUUAUUAUAUUAUUUCUCAUUGAUUGAAAUCAAUUAGUGUAAACAUUUGGAAACGAGGGAAGUUUUUACUGACACAAUUUUACAGACGCACUUUUUUUAAAGUUUAAUACCGUAUAAUAUUACUAUUAAGUAGUUUAUAGUUAAUUGAAUAAUUUUCAAUUGUUUGUGUUCAAAAAAAUUAUGUAUCCUUUCAAUUUAUCAUUCGUCUCUUGUAAAUUAUUCGUCGGCUCAAAUGAAGAAUUUUUUCCAAAAA